GGCAACUAAACUAAAUCGCUUUGCACUGAAUAUCGUCGGUUUAUGGCCAAAAGUUGACGAAAAUGCCUGCGACAGAUUUUUAUCGGAUUUGCGCAUGAUAUUCUCUGUCCUUUUGAUCCUUUUCGUUGGUAUAAUUCCUGCGAUAUAUUCGCUCAUGAGAACCUGGGAUGACAUGAUGGCAAUAAUCGACAAUCUGCAAUUCACCUUGCCGUUAUUGAUAGCGAUAAUAAAGCUAGUGGUUGUAUGGUGGAAGAAAAUUGAUCUUACACUAGCGUUGAACAUGAUCGCCGACGAUUGGUUAAAGGCCAAAAGCAAAAAAGAGCAGGACGUGAUGAUAAAAUGCUCACGGAUCGCGCGAACUAUCCUCAUCUUCGGAUAUAUUUUCAUGGUCCUAGGAUUAAACUUAAUCGUGUUUCUACCUUGUUUCGGAACAUCGCUGAGAUACAUAACGAACAUCACCGAUCCGGUUAAGAUCCUGCCGCUGCCGACGUAUUACUUCUAUGACAAGGAUCAGAGUCCGUUUUACGAGCUCACGUUCAUGGCUCAAGUUCUGCUACUCAUUGUGGCAUCUGUAUCUUACAUCAGCGUAGAUAAUCUACUUGGAUUAUUAGUAUUCCAUUUAUGCGGUCAAAUGGAAAAUUUGAAAGAACGACUGAUCAACAUGAGGCAAUAUAAAACUUUUUACGACGGUCUUACUUUCAUCGUCCAAGAUCACAUACGGCUAAUCAAAUAUUUCGUUAUUAUUGAGGAUACAUUCACUUUAUUGCUAUUCGGAUUGCUGCUUUAUCUCGGCACUAUAUUCUGUCUAUACGGAUUUUUACUCGUCACGGUACUUACGGAAAAAAAAGAAAUGUCAAUGAUACGUUUGAUAUAUUUAAUAGCUGCAAUGUUAAGUAUUUGCGGCCAUAUGUGUCUGCAUUGCAUAGUAGGCGAGAUUCUGAUAACACAAUGUGAAGGAAUAUAUGACGCAGCGUAUGAUUAUGAAUGGUAUACUUUGGAGCCAAAAAAGGCGAGAACUUUAAUUCUGAUAAUGAUACGGACCAACAAGCCCCUGUAUAUUACAGCCGGAAAAAUAUUUCCUAUGACAUUGUCGAUGUUUUGCAACUUACUAAAAACUUCAAGCGGCUAUGUAUCGGUUCUACUCGCCAGACACAGUUUAUAAAAUUAAUCUCAGAGUUUGUCAGGAAGGAGCAUCAUUCAACGAAAUACAA